UUCUCUCUCUCUCUAACUCUGCCCCUAUCUUCUUACCCUAUCUGCUGAAAGCUCUUUCCCUCAUUUUUUUCCCCUUUGUCUUAAAUUCUCCCCGUUGUCCCAAUUUCUCACCCUAUUUUAAAAAUGAACCCUCUUCGGAAUAUCCCAAUGGCCUCCUGCUGCUGAGGAUUUUGGUUUUAGGGUUUGUCUUUCUGAACAUGGAACUUCCUCAGAAUUGGGACGGGAUAAUGAGCGGGGCGACAGAGGACGAUGAGUUGGACAACAUACUUAACGGUAUUUUGGAUUUUCCGAUGGAAAGUUUAGAAGCAGAAGGGCUUGCAGGAGAUUGGGAUUCGAGCAAGUCACACUAUCUCGGACCCAUUCCAUCUGAUGAUGUCCUAAUGGGAUCGUCGGUGAUCGCUCAUGCCAAGACCGACCUACAACAUCCGGUUCCAUUUCCGUUUCCAUUCCCCUCUCAAAUGGACCCGGAGCCAAAGCCGGCACUCUACCAAUUUUCGGACUCUUCAGGCUCGUGCGUUCCUCAACCAAACAAAUACAACAUGGUCUCGGAGCAAGUUCUAUUCCAAUCGCCGAGCCCGGUUUCGGUGCUCGAAAGUAGCGCCUCCUCGUCAGCCGGAAAGGCCUGUUUACCGCAAUCCCGCAUCAACAAACGCGUGAGAUCAAGACGAUCUAGACCAUCCGGCGCGAACCCAUGGGUUUCAGUGUUGCCGCUAUUGACCUCCCGGAAGACUCAAAAUGCGCGUAGGACAAAAGGGGCGAAAAAGAAGCAAUCCCGGCUGCAGAUUUCCGUUGAAUCAGCAGCGGUGGUGGCAAUGGACCCGACAACCGACGGGGUCGAGCCGCAAAAUUCGGGGGCCAUCAAGAAAUGCACUCAUUGUCAAGUGACGAAGACGCCCCAAUGGAGAGAGGGGCCGAUGGGGCCGAAGACACUGUGCAAUGCUUGCGGAGUCAGGUACAGGUCGGGUCGGCUGUUCCCGGAGUACCGGCCGGCGGCGAGCCCGACAUUCGUGGCGGCGGUGCAUUCGAACUCGCACAAGAAAGUGUUGGAGAUGCGGAACAAAGGGCAGGUUCAUCAGGUGAUGGAAAUAAUGAAUGGUAAUUGAAUGUUAGGUUAAUUUUGUGUUGUGGCCCGAAUGAAUGAAUUAAUGUUGUCGUGGUGAAGACAAUAGUGUUGUGUCUGUGUCUCUGUGUCGUCUGUCUGUCUGUCUGUCUGUUGAAUGUUUUCUUGGUAGGAGAAGAAAUGAAAGUUAAGAAGAAAGGUUGGAGUACACUACUGAUGAUCAUGAUGAUGAUGAUGAUGAUGAUGAUGAUGGAGUUUUAGUUUUGUUCUCUGUUGGAUUAAUCUUGUUAAUUGGUUGGUUCCUUUA